CACAACAUGACUGAGAAGAGUGAUAUAUGUCUGCUGGGACUGAUCCUCCUCUCUUCACUAUUCACAGGUGUGAGUGGGACACAAGUGAUUCGUGUGUUCAUCAGUUCUGGUGAAAGUGUGUCUCUGUCCUGUUAUAAUGCUCUUCAUCAAUGCUCCUCAACUACAUGGAUCUACAAUAAAUAUACAACAUCAUCUGAAGUAGAAGUGUUUACUGGAGGAAUAAAUAAGAAUAACACAGAGAGAUCUGAGAGACUGAGUCUGACAUCUGACUGCUCUCUCAACAUCUAUAAAACAACACAACAUGAUGGUGGACUUUACACCUGCAGACAAUAUGUGAAUGGACAGCGAAAUCAUAUACCGGAAAUAAAUGUUGAUCUACAUGUUCUUCACGUGUCUUCAUCAGAAUCAUCAUCAUCAUCACAGACUGAGAUAAGAGCAAACACAUCUGUCACUCUCUCCUGUCAGCUGAUUUCAUAUAACUGUGAUCAUGAGUUCAGUUAUUAUGGAUAUCAGCUGGUGUGGAUGAAUCAGACUGAUGUUGAUCUACAGACAGACUCCAGAUAUCAGAUUAGAUCAGAUGAACUCUGUCUCAUCUCUCUGACUACAACACUCAUGAAUGAAGACGACAACACAGAGAUGAGAUGUGUGCUCAAACACAAGAAUGACAUCAAGACCUCAGUCACAUAUACUGUCAGAUUUACAGAUUCAAACAAGAUUCUAGUGACCACCACAAACCCUGAGAGAUCCUCAACUCUUGACACACCAGAAACUACACAACAACAACAACAACAACAACAACAACAACAACAACAACAGCAACAAGCAUCAUCUACAACAUCAAUAAUAAUAAGAGUGAUUCUAGUGAUUGUUGAGGUGUCAGUGUUUGCUGCUCCUACUGUCAUUCUUCUUCAGAUCAUCUGUGCAGGAAGAGCGCAAAACAGAAGAAGGACUCAGAACGCUCAUCCAGAAGACACAGUGAUGUCAGCAGUUUGGGAAUAAAAUCCUUUUUAUGAGUAAAUUACUGCGAGCUUUAUUUGAUCAGAUUUUAUACCAUUUGUCGAAAUGCAACUUGAGUCUCUCACCUGAUAAAACAAAAUUUCCUGUCAGAGUAACUUUGUUCCAGUCAGUAAAUAAGAACCUCAAAAAAGUGUUGUUACUCUUGUCAGACAGCGUUCUGUCAGUUUACGAGUACAUUUUUCAUUUAAAAUGCGAUUUACAAAACUCUUUAAUCCACUGUUGUGAAAUUAGAGCUUCGAAGAAACGAUCAGCGAUCCUGUCAUGCGCAGUUCAGCUGUGCGCGCGCUGCUCUGAAUUUGAGCCAAGAUGGGAGGGCGCGUGCUAUUUACUUUCACAUACAACACAGAGCAUUACAUUUACAUUUAAUUUUAUGCAUUUGGCAGAAGCUUUUAUCCAAAGCUUACAUUAAUAAACAUAUACAUUUAUACUUAUGUAUAUGCAAUCCCAUGGGAUCGAACCCGCAACCUUGCGUUGCUAACGCACUGCUCUUACCACUGAGCUACAGGAACGCUUAGUAAGAGCUCAGUGGUAUCAGCAGCCAGCAUAGCGUGUUAAAUCUCUUGUAAAUCUGAUUUACAAUGUCAGACUAAAUCUAUUUUAAAAAAGCGUCAUAAUUGUCUUGUGAAUCGUCAAAGUUACGCAUGGGCUACAAUAAAUGGUAAUGAAAUAACUUGCUUGCGACCUGGCAGUUACAUUACCAUCAGGUCAUGUUGAUAUCAAAAUAUUACCAAUAGUUUACAUAACUGGACCGUUCUUGGUUACCCUGCAACGUAAGGAGACGGUAAAUGUGACGUUAUGAAUGGGUCAUUUAAUUGCUAAGAAUUUACGAGCCUAGGAUGUGUACUUUAAAUUACCAGUAGGUCAUGUAAUUACCAAAAUACUAUGAAUAUUGUACGUAACUGGACCAUUUCUGGUUAUAAUGUAACAUCAGGAGUUCGUGCAGGGGAUGUCAUGAAUUGGUCAUUUAAGGGUAAUAAAAGAUGCUUGGGAUGUGCCAGCUACGUUGCCACCUGGUAAAUCAUGAAAUUACCAAAAAUGACCAAUAAAUUAUGUGAGUAAUGCUUUUAAACUAUGCUUAUUGUCACACAAGUAUUAAACGGAUAGUUCACCCCAUAAUGAAACAUCUAUCAACAAUUACUCACAUUCAAAUUGCUCUUAUCCUGUAUUUUUAUCUGUUGAACCCAAAAUAAGAUAUUUUGGAUAAAUUUAGGAAAGUAAACAGUUCUGAGUCACCAUUGACUUUAGUAGUGUUUUGUUUGGUUAAGCACUGUGAGAAUUUGGGUCUUGCCUCUUCCCACAUAUUAUGUGAAAUUUAUUGCAAUGUUUAUUGUACACAAAUUAUGUCUAAUCGUACUUCAGUUAAAGUGCUGACAAAGCUAACAAAAUGUUCCAGAACAUCGUGCUGCCUUUUGCUAAUAAUAUUAAUGUACUUCUAAGAAUCUUAGAAAAAGGAACUAACUCACGUGAAUAAUAUCAAUAUAGGUCUGGUAUGUUUCCAUGACAUAUCUUUCCAUGACAUAUUUACUUCCUCUUUUAUGAAUAUAAGUCAUUUAUAAUCAAUAAACUUUGGACUCAGAUUGAACUGCA